AUGAUUGCUGGCGACCGGAAAGGUAUGUACUUGAAGCGCAGUGCUGCCUUGUUGCGCGAGCAAGUGCAGCCAGCUCUUUCCCAUUCGAUGAACGCCGUUGACAAGCAGAUCAGACUAGUUCUUGAUUCCACAGGCCCUUCCUUCGUGAAUUGCAAGCGACUAGGGCAGGAUCUUCAUGUUCGCCGCGUGGGCAACAUCUUCUACACCCACAACUUCGCGGAGCAGCUUUUUCAAGAGUUGCUUCUGCACCAUGCAAAGGUGAAGAGUAUUUGGCCACGCUUUAUGCUUGAUGCUGUGCGACAUGGGUCUGCGCUGGCAAAUUUACUUCCAUCUCAUACUUCUCGCUGGUGGCCUUUGGUAGAAGACGUCUUUGAAUCUGCGAGAUGUAAAGCUCUUCGGUCAUCAAUCGAUGCGGAAUGUGUGGCCAACAAAGAAUACAUCAGCAUCUCUAUUGAUGGCACUUUCCGUAUUUGCCUGACUAUACUGGGGCAGAAACCCUUCAAUGUCAAAAAGAAAUUGCGAGAAGAGGCUGCUUUCAAAGACAGUGAAAGCAUUCGGCGGGUUAUCACAGUUCGCGGGCGGACUGGAGCCGUCGUUGCAAUGUUUGGACUCACAGAACAUUUGAGUAAAGACGCUUUGUUGCAAGUGCGGUUUGUGGCCACUGAUGCGCCCAGCCAUCGAUUGCACCAUGUGCUCUCUGGAGUCCUGCCAAACCUUGAAGCGUUGAUGCUGGACCCAGUACAUCUCGCAAUGCAUUAUGAAUCAGCCUCAGCCCGCAAGAAAACUAGUGGGUCUGCUGCAUUGCGACGUUGCCUCGCUAAAUUUGCCAAUCAGGAUGACCAGCUUGGGCAAGAUGCAUGGGGCAAUUUUUUCGAUGGCAAUAAUGUUGGCAAUGCGAGUGCUUAUGAGCAAACAUUGCAUGAACAGAUUGUGCGUGGUACCAUGCCUGCCUCCAAAGCUCGAAGGCUUUUGAAUGGUGUAAACAGUAUCAAGGUGUGGGAAAGCCAGAUUACCUUUGUGGAAUGCCUAGCAGCGAUCAGUGCUGCCUAUCGUGCUGAAGUUACGCGCAAGACUGAAGAAGGAAAGCACGUUUAUGAUUUGCUAUGGCAGGCAGCCCAGCCGGAUAGAUUAGGGCGAGUUGGUGCAGGCUUGUGGCAGCAGCAGGAAUGGAGCAAUUGGGCAAGGCAAAGCGUUCAGAAGGCUAUUCUGCCGGUCGAAGAGGCACGCAAAGCGGAAAAAUUGAAA